AGGAAGCGUCGAGGGCUCCCUCUGCUGCCGGAGCCGGAGAGGGCCCGAGGCGGGCGUCCCGGGCGAGGAGGGCCGCACCCAGCGCCGCCCGCCCUGCGCCGCCGCCUCGUUGCGCGCCCGGAGCCUGACUUCUGGGGCCCCGCACCCCUCCUCCAGGCUCCUUUGUCCCGCCUGUCCCCCGAGAGGCCCUGAAGCUGCCCACCCUGCUCUUGUGGUCUGGCCAGGUCGGGCGCGCCGGGCCGGGCCCCGGUCCCCCGGCGGCAGUUGGAGAGCCCCCUUCCCCGACGCCAACGGCGCGUCAUUUCUCCGCAGCCCAGAUUCCAUCCGCAACAUGCCCGACGUCAAGGAGAAAGUGCCCCUGAAGGACCCCGGCGAUGCAGAGUGCGGGUCCUGCAAGCCCGAAACCUCAGCACCGACCCGGGACGGCCGGAGCGGCCCCGAGGACCACCCUGCCUGUCUGAUAGAUUCAGUUGAGGACGUUUGUAAGCCGAGCAACAAGACUGGAACGAAUCAUGAUUUCCACGUGGAAGCAGAGGUUUCCCCUCCAAGCAGUUUGGAAGGCAAGGUCAAGGAGACAAUGCACAAUACCUUUUGGGACCAUCUCAAAGACCAAUUGUCAGCUACUCCCCCAGACUUCAGUUGUGCUCUGGAACUUCUGAAAGAAAUUAAAGAGACCCUGCUGUCACUGCUGUUACCGCGCCAGAGCCGCCUACGAAGUGAGAUCGAAGAAGCGCUGGACACGGCGUUGCUCAAGCAGAAGGCAGAACACGGGGCCCUGAACGUGCCUCUGCUCUCUAAGUACGUUCUCGACGUGAUGACUCUGCUGUGCGCACCAGUUCGGGACGAGGCAGUGCAGAAUCUAGAGAACAUCACAGACCCUGUUCAGUUACUGAGAGGGAUCUUCCAGGUUCUGGGCCUGAUGAAAAUGGACAUGGUGAACUACACUAUUCAGAGCCUUCAGCCCCACCUGCAGGAACAUUCCAUCCAGCAUGAACGGGCAACAUUCCAGGAACUCCUCAAUAAGCAGCCAAGCCUCCUUGAUCACACCACCAAGUGGCUGACCCGAGCGGCAGCUGACCUCACCACGCCGCUUCUGGCUUGCCCGGACGCUUCCGACUCUACCACUGUGGCCUGCUCCUCUCCGAACGAGGCAGCCAACAGCCCGGAGCCCCUCAGCCCUACCAUGGUGCUGUCCCAGGGUUUCCUGAACCUUCUUCUCUGGGAGCCUGAAAAUGAAGAGUUCCCUGAGACGCUGCUGAUGGACAGGACCCGGCUGCAGGAGCUGGAGUCCCAGCUGCGCCGGCUGACCAUCCUGGCUUCCGUUUUGCUGGUGGCCAGUAGUUUCUCUGGCAGUGUUCUGUUUGGCUCACCCCAGUUUUUGGAUAAGCUGAAACGUAUAACCAAAGACCUGAUGGAGGAGUUUGACUCCAGGCCUGAAGAAGCUAUGCAGACUGUGAGUGAACAGGUGUCUCAGGAAAUCCAUCAAAGCCUCAAGAACAUGGGCCUUGCUGCUCUGAGCAGUGACAACACAGCAUCUCUGAUAGGACAGCUGCAGAGCAUUGCCAAGAAGGAGAACUGUGUCCGCAGCGUCAUUGAUCAGCGGAUCCAUUUGUUUCUCAAAUGCUGUUUGGUCCUCGGUGUGCAGCGAUCCCUGUUAGACCUCCCCGGAGGCCUGACUGUCAUUGAAGCGGAGCUGGCAGAACUGGGCCAGAAGUUCGUCAGCCUGACGCAUCACAAUCAGAAGGUGUUUGGCCCCUACUACACGGAGAUCCUAAAAACCCUCAGCCUUCCAGCUCAGGCCCUGGAAGCAGAGGUGGAGUCUCUGUGAAGGCACCGGCUCCGAGCCCUGGCACCUCGGGCCCAGGAGAGAAGCUUGGCAUUCUCCUGGGGUGACCUCAGCAGUGACCAUCCAAGCAGGAAGCCCCCCUCCCCCCCCCCGCAGCCGGUACACCAGGGCUGAAGUGAGCAGCUUGUCCGCACCAACUGGCCCAGACUCAUUCACUAAUAAACCCCAGAACCGCAAGCAGACCUGCGCUCCGCCUGUGCGCAGCCGCGUCUGGGCCCUGGGCCCCCAACCAGCUGAGAAGCCAAAAGAGCCCCCGGUUUGCCCCCACGGGCUAGGUGCUCCCUUCAGCAUGCAGAGCUGAGAAGCCGAGACACCCGGGUGCUAGCAUUAUUUCUCUAAGAGUAAAGCGUUUCUUUGAGGGCUCCGAGAAGCCGGUAGAAUUAUCCACAGUGUGAGUAGAAGGGCUUCUCUGGAAGUCAGAAAUCCAUUCUGUCCAGCUCAGCUCGGGCUUGGGCAUGGUUGGAAAAAGUUACUAGAAACUUCAUUUCUUUUUUUUUUUUUUUAAAGAUUUUAUUUAUUUAUUUGACAGAG